UUUACAUUGAAGCGCGUAUCAUGUGAUUGGUUGGCUUGGCUGACGUGCGUGUGUUGACGUUCCAUCAAAACAAAGCACGGUCGCGCGUCUCACCGAGCAUUUUGCCACGGUAAUUCGUUGCGAGUGCGUCGUUUUUUCGUUAACGUGUUUCACGAAAGUGUCAGUUGUCUAUUCAAUCGUGUGUGCAUUAUUAGCUUUUAAGUGAUUAAGUGCGUGGAUUAUGAUGGCAUCCACUGUAAAAUUCACUUCGGAUGAGAGUUUGGGUGAGUCUUGGGUGGAAUUGAAUCCAGUUCCCGACAGGAUAACACCGUUACCGUUCAGUAGUGGAGGUGAAGAAUAUCUUCGAUUGCUUAGAGAAGCGCAAAGAGAUUCUUUGCCCUCGUCCGCUAGGCAUUCUUUGGCAUCUUCCCGUCGAGGCACACCAAGGGAUAGCCCGAAGAGUCCACCUAACAGUCCAAACACGGAACUAUCAACCGAGGAUGAACUCAAGGGAGUUUACAUAAAUUAUUGCUGCAACAAGGAUUCCGAAUUAAUUGGUUUUGUUUCUGUUUAA